UGCCGCCCUCCCUCCCCGGCCCGCACUCUGCAGCUGCGCCUCAGCACAGCGACACACACCCGGUGCAUGUUGCUGCACCUGGAGCAGCCGGCAGAUCGUACCGAGGAUAUCACACCGUCAUGGAUUAACGACAGUUGGAGGUGCGAUGCGCCGGACCCAGCGUCCUCCUCAUCCCGGGCUGUGCAGGUGUAACCAGGCUGCUGCUGCUGCUGCUGCUGCGGGGCACGGCUGCUGCUGCUGCGGGACACGGCCACGCUUUAUCUCCGCUUCAUCUUCACAGCCAUGACAUCCACUGACGCUGUGGGAUGGACUUCUGCUGGCGCACGCCUUUAGUUUCGGUCAACGUGUUUGCUGGUUUAACUGGUUUCACUGGUUUCACUGGUUUCACUGGUUUGAAGAGAGGAAGCAGCUCGAUCAAACUCUGGAGUUCAGCAUGUCGUCCUCCGUGGAGAGUGAGCCGUCUCUGGGAGAGCUGCCCAUGGAGAGCUGGAUGUCUCACCUGCCCUGCGCCCUGUGGGACACCCCCCUGUACCAGCUGGCCAUCCCAGGCAGUCACAACGCAAUAACGUACUGUCUGGAUAUGAACGACAGAUCUCCGGUGGACCUCACGCAGCCCGACAUGCUCCAAAAACUGGACAAAUACAUGAAGCCUCUUAUUCGCCCCUUCGUGUACAAGUGGGCCGUAACGCAGGAGUUCACGAUAAAGCAGCAGCUGGACUGUGGGGUCAGAUACUGUGACCUGAGGAUCGCACAUCGACCCAACGACAGCUCCACUGAUCUGUACUUCUACCACGGAGUGUACACCACGCUCACUGUGGAGACUGUCCUGAUGGAGAUCAGAGAGUGGCUGGACGCUCACCCCAGAGAGGUGCUCAUCCUCUCCUUCAGCCACUUCCUGGGGCUGAGCCAGGAGCUCCACCUGCUGCUGCUCGCCACCAUACGCAACGUAUUCACCUCCAAACUCUGUCCCAAGACGGAAGUGCUGACUCUGCGUAACCUGUGGGCUCUGGGCCACAGAGUGAUCGUGUCCUAUGAACACAACCUCUCCAGCUGCCACGGCGAGCUGUGGCCUCACAUCCCGUACUGGUGGGCCAACAAGUGCCGAGCCGAGGCUCUGAUCGAGGAGUUCGAACACCGGAAACAACACGGACGACCAGGCGGUUUCUUCGUCACCGGUAUAAAUCUGACCGAGGACCUGAAGUACAUCUGCACGCACCCCACAGAGUCUCUGAAGGACCUGGUGAUGUCCACGUACCCGGCGCUGCUCGGCUGGGUGAAGGAGCAGACGCCCGGCUCCAAAGUCGGCUCUCUGAACAUCAUCGCCGGAGACUUUAUCACCGAGAGCCGCUUCGUACCGACCGUCGUCACGCUGAAUGAGAAACUACUGAAAUGCUCCUCAUGACUUUUCACCGAUAUGCAUUAAUACACGAAACAAACUGAGUCACAGCAUGAGAAACACAUCAGCUUGUUUUCCAAGAACUACUUGAAUUAUUCAUUUCAAUAUAAAUGCACUUAUUUGGGAGGCGGUGAAAUGUAUACUUCAGUUUUAAAAACAGACUUUUUUGCUAUUUCAAGAAGCACUUUUGUUUACGUUCAGUUCACUAUUUAUGCAAAGUACUGCAGGAGAUUUCACCACUUUUAUGUUACCAGAGCAAUAACAAUGCAACUAAUCUCACCUUUACUUUUUAGACGAGCACAAGCAAUGUAUUCAUUGAGCACAUGCUGAGUAAUGUAGGUCACACUUUUAUAAUGAUUGUAACACGUGGGCAGCAAGUAGUUAAACCGUCUCACCUACAAUACAGGUGUUUACCCGUAGAGAACGUAGACAUGAAACUUAUGCAAAAUGCAUGGAAAUCUUAUUUGCAUGAACCUUGACUGUUUAACUUCUACAAUGACUUGAGCCAACAGGUGAGGCCUUGUUUUAAAAUAAUGCUGCACCGCUGUGCCUGUGGAGAUGAGCUUUUCCAAUAAACAUGAGCAUUUUUAAACGUGUCCGCCUUGUUCACCGACCGCAGGAGCCCCGCAGAU